CCUUUUUGUAUGCCACAUUUCGAUAGCACCAAAGUUCGGAUUCGCGGCCAGCGCAACUCCUGUCGCCGUUCACCGGAUCGCUCUCCCGUGCUGCCCAAUAUAUUCCAUUUUAGAUGGUCGGCCGCUCCAUGCACAGUCUCCAGAUCUAAAAAUUCGAAAGAGACGCAGUAAGCGUGAGUAGUGCUC